AUGAGGCAACAACAACCAAUGUAUAGAAAUUUUAUGCCAACGAUAGGCUUAAUAGGUACCAUGCAGCCAAGAUGUCUCAUGUACGAAAAAUAUUUGACCAUCUGGCUUGAUGAAAACAUGAAUCUGACGAAUGAUGAUUAUAAAUACUUGUUGAUGCAGUUACAAACUGCAACAAAUGAUGUGUGCAUUCUCAAACAAUGUGAUGAUUUGAUUCGUACCCUUAAAGAAACUAAAGCUCAAAAGAUAUGUCUAGUUUUAUCGGAUACUAUCAAUGAAUCCGUCAUAAUCAGUAUCCAUGAUCUUCCUCAUCUUCACAGUAUUCAUGUCUUUAGCAAAGAAGUACAUGACCAAAAUGAUUGGAGAAAGAAAUGGACAAAGAUUAAGGACGCUUAUACAGAUAUUGGAAAAAUUUGUCAGGCAUUGAAAUUGAUAAAUAAGCAAUUCAAUCAAGACAAUAUUUCGACAAGUAUUAUCAAUAUGAACGAGGAUGGUUCCUCCAAAAAUCUCGAUCAAUUGGACCCUUCAUUUAUGUAUACUGGAUUAUUAAAGGAAAUUCUUCUUGAAAUUGAAUAUAAAAAGAACGACAUCACAGAGUUUGCUCGAUUUUGGCAUGCCGAAGACAUAGGUAACAACUUUAUAGAGAAAAAUAUUGCUGAGUUCGAACAUGAUUAUAGUCCAGAAUCUCCUAUUAUGUGGUACACAAAAGGAGGUUUUAUCAGCGAAAAGCUGAACCUAUCUCUACGAACGAUGGAUGUAGAAGCAAUAAUGAAAAUGAGUUUUUUUCUUUGUGAUCUACACCGACAAAUCCAGAAAUCGUACAACGAAUAUAUCAAUUUUAAUGGAACGAAGGUUUCAGUAGUUUAUCGUGGACAGGGACUUUCGACAUACGAUUUCAAUAAGUUGAUCAAAGGAGGACUGAUAUCGUUCAACAUUUUUUUAUCUACUACUAUAGAUAAAGAUGUGGCUUCUAUGUUCAUGGAAAGUAUUUUAAAAAACCCAGGUACAGUGGGUAUACUUUUUAAAAUACUCAUCGGUUCUACAAUUUCAUCGACUCCAUUUGCGGACAUUGGUGAAGAAAGUCAUUACAAUAUUGAACGAGAAAUACUCUUCACAAUGCACAGUGUUUUUAGAAUUGAUAAAAUUAAAAAAUGUGACAGCAACGAUCGACUUUAUGAAGUAACUUUAAUACCAACAGCAGACGAUGAUAAACAAUUACAAGAACUGACAGACAUAGUACGAAAAGAAGUUUCCGGUUCUACUGGUUGGCAUCGAUUAGCGAAAUUGCUCUCAAAAAUAAAUCAGUAUGAUAAAGCUGAAAAAAUAUACAUGACACUCCUAGAACAGACAUCAGAAAACAAUAGUCGAAGACAAAUUUAUCACGAAAUCGCCUUCUUGAAGGCCAAUCAAGCAAAGUAUCAAAAAGCACUUGAAUUUCAUAAAAAAUAUUUGAAAUACAGUGAAAACUAUCUCCAUCAGAAUUAUCCUGAUCUUGCUAUACCAUACAAUAACAUGGCUACCGUAUAUCAAGACCUGGGUGAAUAUUCAAAAGCACUUGAAUUUUAUGAAAAAUCGCUUUUAAUUAUGGAAAAAGUUCUACCUCCCUAUCAUCGUGACCUCAUUACAAUCUAUAAUAACAUUGGUACAUUGUAUCAAAAAAUGGGAAAAUACUCGAAAGCGAUUGAAUUUUACCAAAAAUCACAUGAAAACAUGAAAAAAGUACUCACUUCAAUUCAUCCUUAUAUUGCUGUCUCCUUCAACAACCUUGCUGCAGUGUAUGAAGCUAUGGGAAAUUUUUCUAAGGCACUUGAGUAUUAUAAAGAAUCAUUACAAAUACGUGAAAAAGCUCUGCCUUCAACACAUCCUGAUUUGGCUUCAUCCUAUACUAACAUUGCCGCAGUGCAUAACACCAUGGGUAAUUAUUCCAAAGCAUUUGAAUUUUACGAAAAAUCACAUGAUAUUACGACAAGAGCUCUGUCACAGUAUCACUUAGAUUCGGCUAUCGUAUACAACAAUAUUGGUACAGUGUAUGGUCAGAUCGGUGAAUAUAGUAAAGCCUACAAAAACUUCGAAAAAUGCUCUGAAAUUAUGAAAAAAGUUGCCGAUCAGAAUGAUCCUCGUGUUAUAGGAUUCGACAAUAAGAGUCGCUCACUGUUUGAGAACAUGCCAGAAAAUCUUGAAGAUCUUAAAUCCUGUGAAGAAUCUCUUAAAGUCAUAGAAAAAGUUCUUCCUAAAAAUCACCCGGCUUUGGCAGUAAUAUACAAUAACCUCGGUACAAUAUACGGUACAAUGGGAAAAUAUCAUCAAGCGUUAGAAUUUUAUAAAAAGGGCCAGGAAUAUUCAAAAUCAUCAGUAGACUUUGAUGAUAUUAAUAAAACAUCUGAAAACAACGAUAAAUGCUCAGAAGCUCUUAUGCUUUAUGAAAAGUCACUCGAAACGCUAGAAAAAUCUCUAAUUCCUAACAAUCUCUCAUUAGCUUCAUUCUACAUUAACAUUGGUGGCGUGUAUCUCAAUAUGGGUGAAUUCUCGAAAGCACUUAAAUUUUACGAAAAAUCCCUUGCAAUUAAGAAAGCGGUUCUGCCUCCAGAUCAUUCUGACUUUGCUACAUUCUACAAUAACAUUGGUCUGGUAUAUGAUGAAAUGGGGGAAUAUCAUCAAGCAAUUGAAUAUUACGAGGAAUCACUUAAAAUUAUGGAAAAAGCCCUGCCUUCUCAUCAUCCUGAUUUGAUUUCAUACUACAACAAUAUUUGUGCAGUAUACAUAAAGAGCAACGAAAACAUUAAAGCACUUGAAUACUACAAAAAAUCGAAAGAGAUACAAGAAAGAAUUCUGCUUCCCGAUCAUCCAAAUUUAGCAACAUCCUACACUAGCAUUGCUUUAAUACAUAACAAUAUGGGUGAAUACUCCAAAGCGAUUGAAUUUUUGGAAAAAGCACUGCAAAUACGACAAACUUCUUUAUCACCAAACCAUCCCGAUCUGGCUACAUGCUACAACAACAUGGGCUUAAUUUAUAACAAUAUGGCUCAAUACAAGAGAGCAUCAGAAUUUUACGAGAAGGCUCUCGAAAUCAUGGAAAACGUGCUACCUCCAGAUCAUCCAGAUCUAAGUAAAACCUUCAGCAAUAUUGGUUUAGUGUAUCUAAAAAUGGGUGAUUACUCGAAUGCACUUCAAUUCUAUGAUAAAUCACUUAUAAUCAUGGAAAAAACUUUGCCCCAGAAUCAUCCCAAUUUAGCUACAAUCUACAACAAUAUCGCGGGAGUGUAUAGCAACACGAAUGAAUAUUGUAAAGCAUUGGAAUUCUACAAUAAAUCACUCGAAAUACGACAACGAAAUCUGCCGGCAAAUCUUUUUCACUUGAGUACGUCCUACAACAAUAUUGGUCUGGUACAUAAAAAGAUGGGUGCAUACUCUGAGGCGCUUAAAUCUUACCAAGUAUCACUUGAAGCCAUGGAAAAAGCUCUGAGUCCAAAUCACCCUACGUUGGCUACAUUAUAUAACAAUAUAGGUUCAGUUUAUAAUGAUAUCGGUGAAUAUCAGAAAGCACUUAGAUUUUACCAAAAGAGUCUUCCAAUCACAGAAAAUAUGAUUCCGCCUAAUGACCAGUUGUUGAUCACGUGUUACAAUAAGAUUGGUGCAGCAUAUAAAAAUUUGGGUGAAUAUAUGAACGCACUUCAAUUUUUUGAAAAAUCACUCAAAAUUGAACAACGAAUGCUGCCUCCAAAUCACCCUAAUUUGGCAACGUAUUACAUCAGCAUAGGUCUAGUUUAUUACAAUAUGGGUCAAUAUCGAAAAGCACUUGAGUUUUACGAAAAGGAUGUGGAAAUCAUGAAAACAGCUCCAUCUCUAGACCAUACUGAUUUGGCCACUUCCUACAACAACACUGCUCUAGUAUAUGAUAUAGUUGGUGACUACUCAAAAGCGCUAAAACUCAACGAGGAAUCUAUCUACAUACGGGGAAAAGCUCUACCCAAGAAUCAUCCUGAUUUAGCUACAUCCUAUAACAAUAUUGGUGUUGUGUAUAACAAUAUGGGCGAAUAUUGGAAAGCACUUGAUUUUUACACCAAAGCACUCGAAAUACACGAAAAAGCCCCAGCUCGCAAUCAUUGUGAUAUAGGCCUGUGCUACAAUAAUAUAGGUUUAGUUUAUAACUAUUUGGGUGAAUAUAAAAAGGCAGAAGAAUUUCAUGGAAAAUCUUUUGAAACAAUGCAAAUGGCUGUUUCAUGUGAUCAUCCUUCAUUCUCUUCAGUUCAUCACAAUACUGGUAUUAUGCAUUAUAAUAUGGGAGAAUAUGCCAAGGCUCUUGAACUUUUCGAAAAAGCGCGUAGUUUAAGAGAGAAAGUAUUGCCUAUGAGUCAUCCAUCAUUGAUGGCAUCCUACAAUUAUAUUGGUCGAGUUUAUAAAAACAUGGGUGAAUACUCGAAAGCGCUUGAGAUUUUUAACAAAGGUCUUGAAGGCAUGAAGAGUAUGCCAAAUAAGAACGUUUGGAGCUUCAGUAAUAUAUAUUUAUUUUACUCUCAACGUUUAGCGUCAAUCUUUGGGACAGAUUUAUUGGAAGAACAUCCUAUAAGUGCUAUGAUCUAUAGUAACAUUGGAGAUGUUUAUCGACUGAUGGGAGAUUAUAAAAAGGCGUUGUCAUUUCAUCAAAAAGCAUUAAAAGUUCAACAAAAUGUUCAAUGUAAUCCUUUGCAGCGUGCAACAAUAUAUGUGAAUUUAGGUGAAACGCAUCGUGAACUGAAAGAUUACAAGAAAGCAUUGGAAUAUUAUGAGAAAGGAUUAGAACUUCAUCAAAUGAAAUUACCAGAAAAUCAUCCUGAUUUAGGAGUUCUAUUUCACAAUAUGUCAAAGUUAUAUUUGACUUUUGGAGAACAUAGCAAAGCAAUAGAAGCUAUACAACAAGCAUUAAAAAUUGCUGAAGAGAGAUUGCCAUCAAAUCAUCCUCAUUUUCUUGACUGUCAAAAAACAUUGUUAUUACUUCAAACAGAUGUGUGA